AUUCACAUCCAAGCCACUGUUCAGUACGGCUGAGAGUCAGUUUUCGUCCGGACUCCACAGCAACGAGGCACGUAAAGAUUCUCUGGGGAAGACAAAAUCGUGUACUAUAACAUUUGGCAAUCUUUCUCACCUAAAGCGCACCCCCUUUGCUACGGGAAUUUCGUUGUUACGAAGACAAUCCCUGUUCACUGGAGUAUCAAUUACAUGUGCGCGAAAUCCAAUCUUCUCGCCACACUUUGUGAGUGAUUGUCUGUGGGAGAAAUUGCUCAGGAGAUGACACUAAUUUGAUCUCCUCCGGUAAAAGACAGCACCGGUGAAAGUGGGAUGAAAGUCAUGUGGUUGUGCAGUAAAAUACGGAGGAUGAGAAGAAAAACAUUGGAUUAAGUGUAAGAGCAGCCCUAAAAUCUUCCUCCCUUAAGGCGAGGGAGCAUGAACAAUUCAUGUGAUUGCUAAGUGGAAGAUUGAGGAUUAUCUGAAGGGACUUUUAUGGCAUCACCACGGGAAUCAUCCGCAGGACUGCUCGUGUGAAUUGUUUGUGAUUGUUGCUGAAAGGGAAGAUUUUCCCACGCAGUGCUACAAUAAUGUGCUAGCUAGGAAAUCAAAAUGACCAUUUAAUCUCCCGCCAGAAGGAUUCGCCUUUUUGGGGAUCAGUGUGGGAAUCUUGGGUGAUUUGAAAAGUAUACUGGCAUUUUUUUUGUUGUGGAAGGGUGAGGAGAUAGAAAAGACACAUACUCUGGAUAUGACAGUGAGAAAAUCCCAGUGAAAAAUUGUGAAUGGUGCUCAAGUGGAUGUAGCAAGAAGUAUCUCUUCAAAGUGAUAAGGAAACGUUGGGGUGGAGUGUUUGUGUGAGUGCGAAAAUGUCUCUCAAGUGUUUUCCGCAUGAUGCAGUGUGGUCGAUGUAAAUGGGGAAUAUUGACAUGCAUAUCAUGAGCCACUUACCCAAAUGGCAGUACUGGAUGCUCCUGAUCGAAUCCCUCAAGUAGCCUCAUCACCAUGUCUCGGGCCACUCUUCUCCACUUCUGUUACUUAGUACUCAUUCCUGUGCUCAUCAUUCCUGUGACCAGCACAGAGGCACCGCCCCAGAUAACCCAAAACCCGCUGGGGCGGAAUUCCACGGAAUCACCACAAAGACCGCAGAAUCUCUCGCUCACACCAGCCAAUGCAUCAACUGAAGCAGCUCCGGAUUCUCCAAUCGAAGCACCACUGAGUGCUCCACUUGUGCACCAUAAUGACUCAGUGGCGGUGACAGAAGUGGCUGUGGGGUCCACUAGUAGUGCACCCCAAGGGCGGAGAGUUGUGACAAAGGGUGUCAUCGGAAAUAAAUUGAAGAAGAUUGUGGAGGAGAAAUUUCCCAAAAUGUCGAAGGCGAACUCAUCGUUGGUGAAUAGUACUCUGGGCAAGAGUCACAAAACCGAUGCUCCGAUGUUAAACUACAUCUUUGACUCUCACAUUGUUAAUAAGCAUCAUCAUCAUGACUUUAGGUUUGGUCCACGUUUCGAGGAUGGAAUAUCAAGUCAAUCAAAUGUUACUGUCCGGGAAGGUGGCACAGCGUAUUUUAAUUGCAAAAUCACGUAUCUAGCAGACAAAAUGGUAUCGUGGGUUCGUCGAAAUCCAGAGACUGAUGAACUGCAGUUACUCACCGUUGGACACCAUACCUAUAGUGCAGAUUCGCGAUACAGUGUCGACUUUGAGUAUCCCAACAACUGGCGCCUGCGGAUCGUGAUGGCUGAUCGGAGGGAUGAAGGAAUCUAUGAGUGCCAAAUUUCGACUCACCCACCGCGAGUCUUUCAAAUCUACUUCUAUGUUAGCGAGCCGGAAGUGGUUAUUGUGGACGAACAGGGCUCACCGCUCUACGAGAAAUACUACGAAGUGGACUCGACUCUGGAUCUCAUUUGCAUUGUACGCCACGUAAAGAUGACAACGUCAAUAGUGCAUUGGCUUCAUGGGGAUUCAUUGUUGAAUUAUGAUACAAAUCGUGGUGGAAUCAGUGUACGAACAGAUUUAAUGGACGAAGGAGCCAAUUCAACACUAUCAGUGGCAAGACUCAAUAAAUCCGAUUCUGGCAACUAUACUUGCUCAAUUGGACCAACACAAUUCUUCACGACAUCUGUUCAUGUCCUCAAUGAAAGCUUAGCUGAGCUUUAUCACGGAUCAGGAGUUCCACUGGAAAUUGCAUCGAGAAUCAUGUGGCCACUUCUUAUUGUCUAUCUAGCAACUAAGGUGCGAUAUAUUUAAGUGUGAAUACAGUGAAGAAACACUAUGAAAACUUCUUCAUCUAAUUUCCUAUUUAAUCAUCCAUCCUGAAAAAAAUUCUCUAGAGACUUUAAUGUAAUUUAUAAAAUAGGACAUUUUAAGAUCACUCCUCCUGAAAAUAAAAGCAAAACACAAGUGGGAGAAGAGUCAAAUAAAAUAUGUCGAUAUUAUCCUUCUCUAUAAGUGAACAACAAAUAAGCAUGAUGAAUAAUAAGGUCCAGUGCGUAACUCAUAUCUCGCUGUGCCUCAGACAAAAAAAUUAACAAAUGAAAUGAAAGAUAAGGAAGUAAUAUUAAUAAUAUUAGAUAAAUUGUUAAAAGCAUUUGACAAAAGAUAAAAUGAAAUCAUUUAGAACGCAAAUAAACACGAAACACUAUAAUGACGAUUUAUCCGUCAUAUUUAUGUACAUGAUGUAGUCGAUAUGAUACGUUGAAUAAAAUACUUUAAAAAAGGUGUGAUAGGGACUUAUCACACAAAAUAAUUGAAAGACAGUUAAUUUAUUAAAAAAAAUGAUACCCAAUGAAAAACAUAUUAUUGAAUUUCUUUGUAUGAUAUGGAAAAAUAAAAAGGGAAUAAUAGAAAACU